AUGGGGACCUUAGGGAUCCUGCUUCUGCUCAUGGGUCUGCUCCUGUCGCCAGCUGAGGCCCAGAAGGAGCGCCAUCUGAAGCCCUGGCUGGUGGGCCUGGCUGCGGUCGUGGGGUUCCUGUUCAUUGUCUUCGUUCUCAUGUUGGCCAACCGCCUCUGGUGCUCCAAAGCGAGAGCUGAGGAUGAAGAGCGGCCCUCAUUCAGGAUGCAUCCCAACCCAUAUGAGGAGGUGGAUCUGAGAAAAGAAGACAAGAAGGGGAAGGCAGAGAAGGAGGAAAAGACUGAGGAGAAAAAAGCUGGGAAGGGGGAAAAGGCCAAGAAGAAAGGAAAGAGAAACUUCGGGCUGGAGCUAGAGGAAAAUGAGGAGCGCAGGGACUACGAGAAAGUCAAGAACACGGCCAUGUGA